UAACAAUCAAAUAGAAUAUAUCUUAUAGUAUAAAUACUUGUAUUGUUCAACAAUAACAGACAAUUUUCGUGUUAUAAAUGCUAUUUUAAAGUCUGCAGAUUUUUUUUUCAGCGUAUGAGAAAAAUGACCAAGAUAAAGUUUAUUGUAAAAAUAAACAAAAAUCUUCUGCUUCCCUUCUAUAAAUAUAUCAGCCGAUCCUAUUUCUGAUAUUACAUAUGAUUUUGCGAGUUCAAAUUCCGUGAAAAUUUCAACAAUAGAAAGCAGAUAACAUAUAAACAUUCUGUAAAAAAGUUGGAGUAUUAUGAUCAAUGUUGGCUUACGUUUAUAUAGGCAAUAUAAUAAAUACGAAGACAGGGGUCUUUUUGAAAGACUCACGUGUUUAGGAAAAGAAUAUCCUGGAGCUAACCUUGUAGCAAGAAAGCUGCGAAAUUUACCGCAAGCCCUACGGCUUUUAUGGACAAACGAAAAACUAUUGAAUGUUGUAGAGCAAAUAGUUGGACCUGAUAUCCAGGGGCAUCCUGUUUGGGCUCUACGCACUAAAACUCCCCAGAACGAAGCAACAACAGUACCAUGGCACCAGGAUAGCGCCUUUCUAGAUAACGAUUCUUACAAGGUCCUACAACUAACAGCGUGGAUUCCUUUUCUUGAUGCCACAGAAGAAAACGGAUGCAUGCAAGUUGUCCGUAGAGCUCAUAGAAAGGGUAAAGUAGCCACACAUCAGUGCUGUGCCGGCAAUACCUGGUAUGUUAUCUUAGAGGAAGAAGAAAUAGAAAGAACACUGGGUGCUAAUAUGAAGAAGGAUGUUGUAACUUGUCCAGUACCAUAUGGAGGAAUGCUUUUAUUCAGUAAUCUACUUCCUCACCAAAGUUUGCUCAAUCAAUCGGAUAAAAUACGAUGGUCUGUCGACUUCCGUUGGCAAACAUCCAAGGAGAAAGUUGGAUUUUGGGGACUAAAACCAGGUGUGCAAAUGAGAAUGUCUAAUAAGCCAGAUUUCACAAUAGAUUGGUCCGAGUUUGAUGCUAUAAAUCGAUACAACGUUAUGGCUCAACACGAAAAUGAAAAUUACUUAGAGACUGUAGUUACAGGACCGUGGAUGAAAAAGUGGGAAUUAAUCCAUCAUAACCAUCAUGUUAAUGCACUCUUAAAACAAAACGAACAAGACUCGUACGAUAAUAUUGUUAAUCCUUAAUUAACCAUUGAAGUUGUUUCCCGUCACGUAUAGAAACUCGGUUUUAAAUACACACAAUUCAAUUAUGAUUUAGUCUACCGA